AUGAAGAUAAAAAAUGGCGAUAUACAAAUUAUUGAUUACUCGGAAUUUAGUGAAAUCAACGAAAUAGGCCGAGGUGGUCAUGGUACUGUUUAUUCUGCUGAAUACGGUGGAACAAAGAUUGCAAUUAAAGACCUCAGACAUACCGAUAUCAGAACAAUUGUUAAUGAGCUGAAGCAACAUAUGACAGUUAACGAUAAUGAAAACUUUAUAAGAUUUUUAGGAAUUACCG